UUAUUGUAGCUUAUCUAUGAUUGUAAUUGGUAGCCCUAGGAGCAUAGAGCAUAGAGAUACUAAAUGCCAGCUUGGGAGCGACUACUUAUCUAUGGUGACUACCGUUUCUAUUACCCACGUAUCUAUAGUGCAGAUCAACAUAACCACAUGAUAACCAUAGUAUAAGGAUAAUUCCCCUAACUACCGUAAUUUAACAUAACCUUACUAAUUAAAAGGAGUUGAAAGUAUAUUAAAAUGGAUUUAUUUGUUAUAAAUAGACACCAAGAAACUGAAUUUGAAGAAAAUGAAGUCCUUAACAAAAAUGAAAAAAUGCAACAGGUUCUAAAAAAAAUUGAAAGAAAUAAGAAAAUCAGAGCAAAGCAAAAAGAAAGUAAGAAACUUAAUACCGAAGAAAAAUUAAGAGCAAUUCAAAAGACUACGGAAAAUAGGAAAAGGAGAAGAUGUCAAAGACAAAUACAUGAGGCUGUUGUAAAUUCUCAAAAGGAAUUGUGUGAACCGAAAGAAGUAAUAGAACGAGUAGAUGACAUUGAACAAGGAAAAGUUUCAUUGGAAGAACCUAAAAAUAAGAAAGAAAAAGGCAGUAAUGAUGUAUCUGAAAUAGCUGGUUUUACUAUUUUAGGUGAUACAGAAUUUCAGAAAAAGAGUAAGAUUAAGCGAGUUUUACCAAAAUGGCUUGCUGAGCCAACAGUAAUCUCUACCAAUCUUCAAAAUCUUCAGAUAAAAACAUCAAGUAUGAGUGAACUUAAUAAGAAGUUAAGGAGAAAGUUGAAGACAAAAGGCAUUCAUUUCUUUUUUCCUGUUCAAGCUGUAGUAAUACCAUGGCUAUUAAAAGAAAUAAGAAAUUCUUCAAUAAUAUUCCCUAGAGAUAUUUGUGUGUCAGCACCAACAGGCAGUGGAAAAACUUUGGCAUUUGUCUUACCAAUUAUUCACCACUUAAUGACUUAUAAAGUUAAAAAAAUUAGAGCUCUAGUUAUCUUACCAACACAAGAUUUAGCUCUACAAGUAUAUGAAACUUUUAAAUUGUAUUCUGUGUGCACAAAUAUAUACAUUGGUCUUAUAACAGGAAAAAAAAAAUUCACUGUUGAACAAAAACAGUUAAUUGAAGAAAUUGAACCAUUUGGAUAUAAAACUAAGGUAGAUAUUUUAGUUUGCACUGCUGGAAGAUUGGUAGACCAUUUGAAAGACACUAAAGGGUUAGAUCUGAAGUGCAUAGAAUUUUUGGUUAUUGAUGAAGCUGACAGAGUUUUAGACAGUGUUCAGAAUGAUUGGUUAUACCAUUUAGAGAAACACUUGCAAAGUGAUGAUGAUGGUUGUCAUUCAGCAAAAGUUUUAAAUUUGUUGACAUUAAGGGGCAAACGACCCCCUCAGAAACUGCUCUUUUCUGCAACAUUAUCACAAGAUCCAGAAAAAUUGCAAAAAUUGUCCUUGUUUCAACCUAAACUUUUCACGUCUGUUGUUGAAAAAUCUGAAGCAGAAGAAAAACCUGAUGAGGGCCACUCAACUUCAACAUUCUUGGGAAAAUACACCACCCCAAAUGAACUGACUGAAAAAUAUAUUGUUUGUUCACUUGAUUUGAAGCCCUUGGUUUUAUAUCAAUUCAUUGUACAGGAAAAUCUGACAAAAGCAUUGGUUUUCACAAAUUCAGCUGAAAGUGCACAUCGACUAGUGAUACUUUUAAAUUCAAUGUUUAAGGGACAGAAGAAAGUAGAAGAAAUGCCCUUAAAAAUUGAUAUAAAUAAGAAGAAUGAAUUAACUAAGUCGUUUAUAAAUGGUGUUUUUGAUAUUUUGGUAUGCACUGACAGAUUGGCGCGAGGAAUUGAUCUUCCUGGCACAGAGUGUGUUAUAUCAUACGGAGCUCCCAAAUUCAUUAAAACAUAUAUACAUAGGGUGGGUCGUACAGCAAGAGCUGGUCGGUCUGGUUUAGCAGUGACAUUGUUACAAGAAAAUCAGCUAUCAAAAUUUAAAGCUGCUCUUUCACAAGCGGAAAAGAAUAAUUUGGAGGAAGUGGUCAUUAAUGAAGAAAAACUGGAAGAACUAGCAGAUCAGUACAAACAAGCACUUGGAGAGUUAAAGGACUCUGUCUUAGAGGAAGAAACAGCCGAAUUGAAGAAGAUGAAACGAAAAAAGAGACCAAAGAAAAUGCAGUUGCAGACAUCUGCAAAAAGUAAGUAAUUUAUUGGAUUGUCUGUUAACAUUUAGGCGUUUUUUUUACGAUGUAUACGUUUUAAAAGGUUCAUUAAAAUUGUGAUUUUCAGUAA